AUGAUGUCACUGCUACAAGUAUCAAAAUAUCUUCCCAUAACCGCACAACUCACAUUCACUGUCAUUCUAGAGACAUUCGAACCAUCGGCUACGCACGCUACGCACGUUACGGCAGGCUGCUCCUCUACACUCACUAUGACAGAACCCCAUGUGCACACAAAGGUUGACAUCGGCCAGGUCAUCAAGGACUCUCGGGACGCGAACAACCUCGACUAUGGGGAGGAUUCCUGGGCCGAGUAUGACGUUCCGUACGCGUCUCGCUACGACAUUGACGUGACGAUGCCGCGUAGCGGCCUCCCCCAAAAAGGUAUCGAGGCCAAGGUCGCGUACCAGCUUCUGCACGACGAGCUUGAGCUCGACGGUAACCCGAACAUGAACCUCGCGUCGUUUGUACACACCUGGGUGCCCGACGAGUGCAAGAGGCUCAUGCACGAGAACCUCUCCAAGAACCUGUCGGACCAGGAUGAGUAUCCGGCUUCGACCGAGAUCCACGACCGUUGCAUUGAAAUGAUCGGAGGUCUUUGGAACGCGCCCAAGGGCAAGAGCAAGAUCAGGGGCACGGCAUGCACCGGCUCGUCCGAGGCGAUUAUGCUUGGUGGCCUCGCGAUGAAGCGCCACUGGCAGGCCAAGAUGAAAGCAGCUGGCAAGGACAUCCACAAGCCGGGUCCCAACAUUGUCAUGGGCGCCGAGGCCCAGGUCGCACUGGAGAAGUUUGCAUCCUACUUUGAAGUCGAAACCCGCCUUGUGCCAGUGACGGCAGAGAGCCACUACGUCAUGGACCCCAAGGUGGCAAUGAAAUACGUCGAUGAGAACACGAUCGGGGUCUUUGUGAUCCUGGGCUCGACUUACACAGGUGAAUUCGAGAACGUCAAGGGUAUGUCGGACCUGCUGGACGAGUAUGAGGCCAAGACAGGCCACCACGUGCCCAUCCACGUCGAUGCGGCCUCAGGCGGCUUUGUUGCGCCGUUCGCCUUCCCCAAGCUCGAGUGGGACUUCCGUCUGCCGCGUGUAUGCAGCAUCAAUGCCAGUGGGCACAAGUACGGCGCGUCACUGGUUGGCGUCGGCUGGAUCGUGUGGCGCUUGCCCGAUCUCCUCCCAAAGAAUAUGGUGUUCGAGCUGCACUACCUCGGCGAGACCGACUACUCGUUCAACCUCAACUUUUCACGACCGGCGCACCCGAUUCUCGGCCAGAUGUUCAACUUUAUCAACCUCGGCAUGGAGGGAUACAAGCGAGUCGUCGCAGCAGACCUUGUCAAGGCCCGCAUUCUUAGUCGCGCUCUCGAGGGUUCAGGAUACUUUGUCUGCCUGUCCAACAUCCACAAGCCAGUCAAUGUGGACACAACGCUGGGCAAGGUCAAACAUGACCUCAAGAUUGACGACGACAAGCCAGAGUACUACCACGCCGGCCUUCCGGUAGUGGCAUUCCGCUUCACGGAUGACAUCAAGCAGAAGUACCCCCAUCUCAAGCAGGCUUGGGUCCAGUCGCAGCUGCGGGCCAUCGGGUGGAUUGUGCCCAACUAUUGCCUCCCGCCGGCCGUGGAUACGGUCGAGGUCCUACGCGUCGUCAUCCGAGAGUCCUUCUCAGGCAACCUCCUGAGCAAGCUCGUCCACGACAUUGUCGUCGUCACCGAGAUGCUUCUGGCUGACGCCGGCCCAAGUCCCAGCAUGGCCGCGAUGGACCACAUUGACAAAGCGAUUAGAUCGGCGCCGGGCAAAGCCAACUUUGACAGUAACACCCAGACAGGCCAGGGUGACAAGGGCAAAGGCAAGAAGGCUGGAUAUCCCUGCUAA